AUGGCUACCGAAAAACCACAGACCAAAAGUAUCAGAAAUGCUGCCAACCACUACACUAACCCUCUCCAUAUGGGACAACUAUCGCAAGAGGAGGGGAGCAAAAGCACCACUCUCGCCAGCGAUCCCAAUGUAGGCAAUCCGACAGCUUAUCCCAGACUUCAAUCACAAACUCUGGCAGAGGCAUGGUAUAACUACAAUAUCGCAAGUAAUGCAGGGAGACUGCCUCAAACAAUUCCCAGAUCUAUGCAUGGAAUUCAAGUUACCCAGUACAGUGACCUUCUCUUACAUCCAACUGCAAUCAUGGAUAAAUCUGCAAAAACCACAACAGACCGUAAAACCACCUGA